AUGCCAGGUCACGGUCUUCUAUUCUUCAUUCCGGGCAAUCCAGGGCUGGCCGAUUACUACACCGACUUCUUUGACUCGCUGAAGACCCGCAUCGGAUGGGCAGACGGCCACAUCCACGUUCACUGCCGUGAUCUCUUUGGGUUCCGCGAUGAGAGCCAUGAGCCGUUCAACAAUGAUAACCCUCCUUACGACGUAGAGCGCCAGGUCGAAGCUGUGUUUGACCAUUUGGCAGGCCUAAGGCGGACAGACUCGUCAAGGAAUGCACCAGGGAAGAAAGGCGAGCCCUAUGACUUCGUCAUUCUGGCGGGUCACUCGGUUGGAAGCUAUAUCGCUCUAGAAAUCUUUCAUAGACACAUGAAGGACCCUUCGCGUGCACCGCAUCUAAAGUUGCAUGCGGGCAUCUUGCUAUUCCCGACGGUCACGCACAUGGCUCAGUCCCCAAGUGGGAAAAGGCUAGAGCUUAUUCGCACGACGCCUCUGCUCAAUAACUCUGCUCAUGUCGUCGCGCAGAGGUUUCUCGACUUGUGGCCUGCGUGGGCUCUGAGGUGGUUCGUGGGCAACGUGCUCGGUUUUGGGGCCAAGGCUGCGGAUGUUACCACCAAAUUCUUGAAGAGCCGUGAUAGCGUGUGGCAGGCAAUCCACAUGGGGAAGGAUGAGAUGAAAGUCAUCACAGAGGAGAAAUGGGACCAGGAACUGUGGGAGGUCGAGGAGAGUGACAUUGGCGGUCGCGGCGGGAAGAGGACCACUCCGAGAUUCUUUUUCUACUUCGGCAAGAAGGAUCAUUGGGUUGCGGACCACUUCCGGGAUCACUUCAUCCGGGCACGUGAGAAGCAUAUUGAGAAUGGGUGGGCGCGAGUUGAGAUUGAUGAGAGAGGGCUCCCUCACGCGUUCUGUACCACCGAGAAGAACAGUGAACUAGUUGCUGAUAAAGUGGCGGGGUGGCUCAAGGAGCUCUGGGAAGACCUGGCUCAGGAGACUUCCUAA